AUGGCUUCUGUGGCGAGAACUUUCACUCGGGGUUUCACUCGCGCAUCCACCGCCAAUGCCUCUUCGUCGAUCAGAUAUUCCACUCGCACUUCAACUCGCUCUGUCCUCUCCUCCCAGGCCUUCUUUACCGGGUCUCGCAGAGGAUAUGCUUCUGGUCCUGAGGGUGAAAAGUCUUCUUGCAGCUUCUACAUCGGAUUGGGAGCUGUCGCCAUUGCAGGUGCCGGUGCUUUAAUCUACCUGAACAAAGAUGGCCCGAAAGCCAGCACGAAACCCUCGGGCCCCUUCACACCAACCAAGGAUGAUUACCAGAAAGUGUACGAUGAAAUUGCGAGACUCUUAGUUGAAAAUGAUGACUAUGAUGAUGGUAGCUAUGGACCGGUUCUAAUCCGAUUGGCAUGGCACGCAAGUGGUACUUAUGAUAAGGAAACUGGAACUGGAGGAAGCAAUGGUGCCACCAUGCGCUUCGCUCCUGAGAGUAACCACGCUGCCAACGCUGGUUUGAAAGCUGCGAGAGAUUUCCUCGAGCCAGUUAAGGCGAAGUUCCCCUGGAUCACCUACUCCGAUCUUUGGACUCUUGCUGGUGUCUGCGCAAUUCAGGAAUUGCAGGGACCUUGUAUCCCAUGGCGCCCUGGCCGCACUGACAAGGACAGCACUGCCUGCACCCCUGACGGACGUCUCCCUGACGCUUCUAAGAACGAGAAGCACAUCAGAGAUAUCUUUGGACGAAUGGGCUUUGACGACCGCGAGAUUGUCGCCCUCUGCGGCGCUCAUUCUCUUGGCCGUGCCCAUUCUGACCGAUCUGGUUAUGAUGGCCCGUGGGAUUUCAGCCCGACUGUCUUCACCAACGAAUUCUUCAGGAUGCUGGUCAAUGAGAAAUGGAACUGGAGAAAAUGGAACGGUCCGGCCCAAUUCACUGACAAGACUACCCACACCCUCAUGAUGCUUCCCACAGACAUUGCCCUUGUUAAAGACAAGGAAUUCAAGAAGCACGUCGAGCGAUAUGCCAAAGACAGCGAAACCUUCUUCAAGGAGUUCUCGGAUGCAUUCGUCAAGCUUCUCGAGCUUGGUGUCCCAUUCACCUCCAAAGCUGACGAUCGCUUUGUGUUCAAGACCUCCGACAGCUAA